UUCCCUCUCUCGCUGUGUCUCUCUCUGUCAAAUAAAUAAAUAAAAUCUUAAAAAAAAAAAAAGUAUGUUCUUUCCUCCUAUCAUGGCAAAUGUACUUUCAGAAUGACUUAGAAGGCCAGGUUCAAAUGAAAACAUUUUGAAUCCCUAGGAGUCUUGUACUAAGAAUGUGGGGCUCAGGGAGACCUCAGCUCUCAGCCUGGCCCCCUUGACUUCCCACCUUCAACUCUCUCCUGCAUAGCAAGGAGCCUUGUGCCUGCACCUGGGGACCCUGUGCCGCUGUCCAAGCUUGAUCCUCACCCCUCUGUCAAUAGCUGCGCUUGACCACUUGUCAGGCUGGAGGUAGUGGGGUGAGGCGCACCCUGGCCGCAUGGUGGGCAUUCAGGAAGCACCUAGGCCUUAUUGGUGAGCACAGGACCAUUUGGGCAGGGAAUUCUGGGGUCUGAGUACCCCAGGUAAGAUGUAAAAGAGGGAGGGAGGAGUUAGGUAGGCACGGUCCCUUGGUCACAUGGGGAGGGUCCUAGCAGGGGCAAGGUCCCUUCUCACUGAGGUUCAUGUCAAAUUGCACAGCGGGACCAGGACUGUGAUGGGGGAAGGACUGGGGGCUGUGGGAGACUAGCCUGGAAAGUAAGAGAUGAUUUCCCCCAAAUGGCAAAGGGUAAAUGAGGCGUGCUGUCACCUGAGAAACAGGAUGCUGGCCCUUUAAGAAGAGGAUGGGGAGGAGAGAACAAGGACCCUGGAGAUUUGGGUAGGAAGUUCUCUGGACCUUCCUCACCACUGCCCCACCCCUAACUCUUAUAGCCUCUGAGGCGGGUCGGGGUCCUGGAGGCCACUUGAUCUAAUUCUCCCAUUUCACAAAGGGCAAACCACGGCCUAGAAACCUGGGGCAAGUCAUCCACAGUUACCCAGGGACCAGACCUCCUGGUUCCCGUGGUGCUCAGCCUCUGGUCUCCAGAAUCCCUUAGUUGGAUCAGUGCUUCCCUCCCCACCCGACAGCCAGGGUCAAGAAGGGAGGGCAGUAGUUUAUAAGAGUAUCGCACGCGUGUAAUGUGCCACGUUGGUGACCCUUGGUGGGCAGCUGGACUUGAGAGGCAUCUGGGGUGCCAAGGACAGGUGCCAUUCUCUGGAGGGGUCAGUGACUCCCCAUUCUCACCCACACACUGCACCAUGCAUGUGAAUGUGUUUGCGGUGAGGCAGCCAAGUGCGGCAAGGAGGCCAGUGGCUGGUAAAUAAUUUAUCAGGACAGCUGAUAGUACCUCCCCAGAACUGCCCGCCAGCCCCCAACCCCCCUCGAGCCUCGUGCUUGCGCCUCCUGCCUCCUGGCCCAAACCAGCUGGACCAGCUCUCCCAGUGCCCUCCUGCAGCCCCCCCUUCCCACCAGCCAAGUCACAGCCUCCAGGGCACCUUCAGGCAAACGGGUGGUGGGUCCUGACCUUGGAGACCUGAAGGUGGGCUUCCAGGCAGAGAUGGCCCUGCAGAGCCAGAUGUGGUCUCCGGCCACACCCAUGCCCAUGGCCGAGAGCUCCCUCUACCGGCAGCGGCUAGAGGUCAUCGCUGAGAAGCGGCGGCUGCAGGAGGAGAUCCGCGCCGCGCGCCGGGAGCUGGAGGAGGAGAAACUCCGCGUGGAGCGGCUCAAGAGGAAGUCUCUCCGGGAGCGUUGGCUAAUGGACGGGACGGCUGAGGGGACGGAGCGGCAGGAGGAGUCUGCCUCGAAAGACCCCCAGUCACCUGAGGGCCAGGCUCAGGCCCGAAUCCAGAACUUGGAAGACAGCUUGUUCACACUCCAAUCCCAGCUGCAGCUGUUGCAAGGUGCAUCCACAGGUGCCCAGCACAAGUCCUCAGGCAGGCCCACCUGGCGCAGACAGGGUCACCGACCUCUCUCCCAGCCUACGGUGGAGGCAGGUCCCACAGACCACGCUGAUCUGAACAAGAGAGCCUCCCUACCAGCCGGACCAGUGGACACGUCCCCAGAGUCCCCCUCUGAGCCCAGAGAUGAGGCUGUCAGGGCUCCACCAGCCCUGAAGUUGUUCCCUGGGGCAGCAGGGGCCUCCUCAGAAGCCAAUGGCCCCUGCCCUGGACCCAGCCCCCCUCCAGAGCAGGAGCCUUGUCGGGGGCUGGCAGCAUCCAAGGGUGGCGUGGAUGAGGCCAACGGGGGUGUGGUGAAGGUGGUAUGGGAGGGGCUGAGGGCCACAGAGGACUGUGUCACCGGGGCCACGGGCCCAGAGCUGGAAGCUAAGGUAGAGGAGAUGGUGCUGGAGGCAGUUGGGGACAGGCAGGAAGCCAGCUGCCCAGAGCUCCCCUCCUGGGUGACAGAGGACAGGGGCAUCGUGGAGGUGGUCUGGGAGGGGGUGGGAGGACCAGACAGCAGCGACUCAGAGGCCACAGGGGAGGCGGGCGGCGGGGGCCGGAAGGCUGCGCAGACCGGCUCGCCGGGGCUUCAGGUGAGACUGGAGGGAGCAGCUCCUGGAGAAGGUGGCAUUCCCAGGGGCAGCCCUGAUGCUGAUGGGCCAGGGGGCUCUGGAGGAGAGGAGGGAUCUUUCAUUUGGGUGGAGAGGGUGACCCUCAGCGAGGAGUGGGAGGAGCUGGUGGUGGAGGGACUGGAAGGGCCAAGGGUGUGGGGAAAGGGGGCAGGACCUGAGAGUCCACUGGGGGCAGAGAGGGGGGCAGGGGAGGAAGCCUGGGAGGCAGGGAGCAGCCAAGCAGAGGAACCAGUGGGCGGAGUAAAGAAGCGGAGUGAGGAAAAGGCAGGGACCGAGCAGGAAGGAGCAGACAUGUCUCUGAUGGUGGAGAGGAAAGGAAGCGAGGACUCCUUGGAGCCAGAGCGGACAGGGGGUGAGGAAAAGCUGGGGACAGAGAGGGAAGCAGUUGAGGGACCUUUGAGGGCAGAGAGGGAAAGAGGCGAGGAGUCAUUGCAAGUAGAGCAGAAAGGAGGUGAGGAGGAGCUAGAGGCGGAGAAGGAAGAUGAGGAACCGUUGGGAGUACAGCAGAAAGGAGAUGAAGAGAAGCUAAAGGCAACCGAAGAACCUUUAGUGAUGGAAAGAAAAGAAGGCAAGGGAUCACCGAAGGUAGAGAGAACAGGUGAGGCGCCAUUGGAGGCCGAGGAAGGAGGUGAGGCGCCACUGGGGGCUGAGAAAGGAGGAGGUGAGGAGUCACUGAAGGCAGAGAGAACAGGAGGUGAGGAGCCACUGGAGGCCGAGGAAGGAGGAGGUGAGGCACCAUUGGAGGCAGAGAAGACCGAAGCAGUCGAGGAAGAUCUGAGUCCAGAAGAGCAGAGAGAGUCUGGGGGAGGACAGGAAUGUCAGGCAGAGGAGGUGAGUGAGGCAGGGGCUCCCCUGGGGGCCAAGGAAGAGUCAAGGCCAGAAGAAGAAGAACCCCAGCCCCAGGAGAAGCAGGAAGGCUCCCUGGAGGAGGGAUCUGUCAGACCCCAAACUCCUGCUGAGGGCCAGGGCCCCUCGGGGGAUGCCACCCCGCUCCUGGCGGAGACCCCCACCCCAGAGCAGCCUGCCGAGUGCCAGCCACUUCUUCGGGUGCAAGGGCCCAGGGCCCACCCCAGUGCCCGGCCCGUGCCCACCUAUGCCCCUGCCCGGCAGCCCAAGCCGUCUGCCCCUGCUGAGGGUGAAGAGGCAAGUGGCCCAAAGCAAAAGACGUGCCAGUGCUGUGCGGUCAUGUGAGCCCACGUCCUCCGCCCCGCACCCAGCGCCUCUCACAGCUACCUCGGCCUCUCGGCGUCCAGCGGCGGGUCCCAGGCACA